GAUUAUAUUCCAUUCUCUCUAUUCUAUUUUCACUCCCUUUCUUACAUAGCCCAGACUUUAUCCUUGACUAUUUCAAAAUUUAUCUUCGUAGUACAUAUAACCCUUCCGUCUCUCUGCACUUAGUCCUGUCUGGAAAACACCCAACCACGAACUCAAUUUCUACUACCACUUCAUCCAAGCAGCUGAAUCCUAAAAUAUUAUGCUGAUUUAUUUCAAAACAAAAGAAUAAACUUUAAAUUAAAGACUUCUUAUAAAUAUCACUGGAAGAAAGAGAGUGAGGCACAGUGUCCAGAGCAAGACCAGAUCUCCAGUCAUUAGUUUCCAUCCUGGAACAAGGGUCACUCAAAAUGAAGCUUCUAUUAUGGGCCUGCAUCUUGUGUGCUGUUCUUGCAAAGAAGCGCUUCCACUUCCUUGUUUCAGGUGUACAACAUAGUGAUUCAACUUCUCUGUCUGUUAUGCUGUGGUCACCACAGGAUUACAGUGGCAAUCAUUACCCAGUUAGCCCAUCUCUGACUAUUCCUUACCCAAUAUCAGACAUUGAUUUUGUUCCUCCUUUUCGCCCUUCAAAAAAAAAAGCCCCCAAUUACCUUGGGAAUCCUGACCCUGAUACAGGGACACCACCCUAUUCCUGGGUUCUCCCUUCUCCUGGAGCCCCCCUCUACCGCAUUCCUAGUUUUCCCUUAACUACUUGGUUGAGCCCUUCUCCUCAGAAACCUUCCCACUUUGUCCCUCCUGCAAGUAGAAUGGAAGGACCUUUUUCCACAUUCAAUGCUCCCAUGCCUAUGCCUGCAGAACCUUAUGUAGCUACACCUCGUACCACACCUACUACAUCACCUCCCAACCCAAAGCUUAUUGCAGUUGAGCCUGGGCCCAUAGAACCCGAUGAAGCCGAGCCUGCUGCCGCAGAACCUCAGCCUUCUACUUCUCCUGACAAGGUGGUUCUUGAAACCUGGCCUCACGUGAUAUCUUCAAAUGAAUAAUCUUUACUCAGUUGAAAAUAUAAGGGUAACCUCUUUAGAUCAUUUUAUCUGUGUCUUUGUCCCUCUCUUUCCUCUCUGAUGCUCUGCUGUGUGAAUUUCAGCUACCAUGUCUUCCUGGACCCCUAGCUCCAUCUCCCUUCUCGAAUACCUGGAAUCUCUCCAGGCAGUAAGCAAGGACAAUCACAGGGUUCACUUCAGUUGCUUCCUGUCUCUUAGGAAUUCCUGUCCUUCAUAGCUUAAUGUUCAGAUCUCAAGAAACUGCUGCUUCUCCUUUGUUUGGUAUAUUUUUUAAAAUGUGUUCCAGAUAAGAAGGUAAUACCACUUUCUCUUACUCAUCUUGCCCUAAAGUAUAGUUCUCUAAGCUUUUGAAAAAUAUUCAUUCUUUAAAAACUCUUUAAGAAGCAUCCAUUCCCUAAAUUUUAGUAGACAUAGUCCAAGCAAUUGGGCUAUUCUAUAAAAGGAUUCCAAUUACAUAGAAGAUACUCUAAAUUCAGGGAACAGGCUAAAAAAAAAUGUGAACUUAAAUCCAUCAGUGAAUAAAUUCUGCAGUACAUUGCCACUAAUCAAAUACUCCUGGCAAUUGCUUUCUAGAAGGAGGUACAAAUUUUCUUCCUGUUCCUUUGUUUUUGAUAAAGAUCAGGAUCAAGCUAAAAGGUCAUUUGAAAUUGCUCCAGAGAAGUAUAAAGAGCUAGCUUUAUUCUACAAUGUUCUACACAAUAACAUGUUCAUUUAGUAGGUUUCUUUGAUGCAAAGCACUUUCCAUCUACAAACAUAUGCUAUGGCUCACAUGAGGGUAGAGGAAAAAUGUGGGAAAGUAUGGAUAAAAAAAAUAGGACUCAAGAAAAAUGGGCCUUGAAAACACUGCUAAAUAUUUGGACUUUUUCCUUAGCCAAAGGAAUUUAUCAAGGACCUUCACUGAGUAGAAUGAUUUGACCAGUCUUCUAUUUUCAAAGGCUAAGUAUGGUGGCAAUACAGAGUAUUCUAAAUAGGAGUGAGUCAUAAAGAGAUGACCAGAUACAACUUCCUAGAGAAUAAAAGUUAUUCAGGAAAGAGAGACCCAAUAUUACGAAAUGAAGCACAUUUUAUCAUGCAUGAAAAAACUUUUUUUUAAGGUAAAGAAAUGAAAUUUUCUAGAAAAGAGAGUACCAAUCAUUUAUUUCUGUAAGUCAUACAUGAUACUGAGAUUUAAAAAUCACACAUUAAAUAGACUAAAUCUCAUCAUCUGAAACCACCUUGGAAUAUAUUUUUACUACAUGAAAACAAGAAAGUGGGGUAUGGAGAGGCAUUUGGUACCCUGUGUCCUAGAACUUCUGCAAUUUGAAUUCAUGUCCUGUGUAAUGAACUCAGGAACUGAGUAGAUAGGUUUUCUUUAAAUGAAUCCAAAUUGAUUAUAAUGAAUAUUCUUAGAUAAUAGUGGUCAAAAGAAGGAAGAAAAUUCCAUAGGAAGUGUGGGGGUUGAAUUAUGCAUGAGAGGAACCAUUGCUAAAGUUGUCGCAGAUCAUUCUGUAUUAUAUCCAUUCAGCCUCUAUCCUUAACCCACACCAGAAACCACUACCUUAGAAAACAUAAACAAUGAUUUGUAUCUGAAAUCUCCCAAUCCCUACCCCUUCCCCCCACAGACAUGCCCUCCAUCCCCCAUUACACGUUAUCCUGGGGAAAAAGGCAUUGGUCAAAAAGCUCACUUGUACUCAUUCCACCUGAGUUCAUCUGAACAAAAAAUUUGGUUAAUCUCAUUCCAAGUUCUCCUUCAUCCCUUCCCAAAGCUGUUCCAAUUUUACUGUUAUAAAAUUGGACAGGAAAAUGUCAAGUCAAGGCUUUAUUUUACUUUGUUUUAUAAGCCGAAUCAGAAUUUCUACUGAGGCAACAUUAGUAGUUAAAGUAGAAUUGAAAACCAAUUAAGAGGGCAGUUAAUAUUGUCGGUAAUGUCUCUUAUUAACACUAUUGCCAAGGCGAUUAAAAAGCUUCAAAUUUUAAUAUUGCUACUUUCUUUCAGUUUUUACUUAUUUUGCUAUUAUAUAAGAUAAAAAGAUAUUGGUAAAUUAGUUCAAGAUAGUAGACAAAUUUAAUAAUUUCAUGUUUUCAGUAAGCAUUUAUGUUUAGUUUCUUGCCCCAUUAAUUACUUAACUCACAACAAGUAACAGAGAAAGUAUGCUACUUUUCUAGAAAAGUCUCUCAAGGCAGAGAAGGAAUUCUAUUUCGCCCUAUUCAGUAUUAGAAGAUUAUGUUGAACUGGACCCAAGACCUUCACACAAAGGAAUCCUGUAUAAUACAGACAUGCAUGCAAAUAAAGCAUAAUACUGGAUUAAUGUUGCAUUUUAAAAUAAAAUUUUACGAGAGUGUAUGCAUAAUCUAGUAUGGAUUUGUAGAUAACUUGUCAAUAUAGUUUUUUAACAUUAAAAGUGUAAAACAAUAUUUUGCUG